AUCUCCAGGACAACAGCUUUCCGCUCCAAGGACGGGGCUAGAAAACACCCAGGCACCGAGCUUUCUUUCAGUACCACCCUCUCCUGGACAGAUCCCUGCCGCUCACCCAGCCAGUUACUGCCUCCCGCCCACAACUGCAACUCGUCCCAGAUCCGGAUCCAAAACCUGCAGCCAGAGAGACAGCCGCAGGUCGGAAUCCGACACCUGUAGCAAGAGAGGGAGUCUGGAUCCGAAUCCAUCAUCUGCAGCCUGGGAGUGAGUGCGAGAUCGGAGACACGACAGUAUCCCCAGUCCCGAAUCCAAUACCCGCAGCGAGGGUGUGCCUUCCGAAUCUGGGUCAAAUUCCCACGGCCGGAGAGUGAGUCCGAGGUUAGGAUCAGAAAGUCGGACACUAGUUUCAACUUCCAUUAGUCACUUGUCCCUGAAGCUGCCAACAUCAGCACAUUAUCGGUAUCCUAAACUCCAGUAUUGAUAAAGACUUGCCAAGCUGCAUUAUGGAUGAGAGUCUUGACUGCAGAUUCAACAACCUUAACUGGGAACAGAUUCAGAGCUUGGAUCAAGUCUUAACAGAAGUGAUACCUAUUCAUGGAAGAGGCAAUUUCCCUACGCUGGAAAUAAAGCCAAAAGACAUAAUUCAUAUCGUGGAGGAUCGCCUGGAACAGAAUGGGAUUACGGUCCAUGACAUUCGUCUCAAUGGCUCAACAGCAAGUCACAUCCUUGUGAAGCAAAAUGGAACAAGCUACAAAGACCUUGACAUUAUCUUUAGAGUAGAGUUGCCUGGAGAGGAAGAGUUCCAGGUGGUAAAGGGGGUGGUAUUGGAUUGUCUUCUGGACUUUCUACCACAAGGUGUAAAUAAAGAAAAAAUCACAGGACUGACUUUGAAAGAGGCCUAUGUUCAGAAAAUGGUUAAAGUUUCUAAUGAUUACGAUCGGUGGAGUCUCAUCUCCUUGUCCAACAACAGUGGGAAAAAUGUUGAGCUAAAGUUUGUUAAUUCAUUACGGCGACAGUUUGAAUUUAGCGUAGACUCUUUCCAAAUAAUUCUGGACUCACUGUUACCUCUUUUCUGUUGUCAAGAGGAUGCAAUGUCAAAGGAGUCCCAUCCAACUGUCAUAGCGGAGAGCAUGUAUGGAAACUUUGAAGAAGCAAUGGAUCAUCUGAGGUACAAACUGAUUGCCACAAGAAACCCUGAAGAGAUUCGAGGUGGUGGCUUGCUUAAAUACAGCAAUCUCUUGGUUCGAGAAUUUAAACCAGCAUCUGAUACAGAAAUCAAAGGCUUAGAGCGCUACAUGUGCUCAAGGUUUUUUAUUGACUUCCCAGAUGUAUCUGAGCAGCAAAGGAAGAUUGAAUCCUACUUACGGAACCAUUUCAUUGGUGAAGAGAAAAGCAAGUAUGAUUACUUGAUGACACUGCGCCAAGUUGUGAAUGAAAGCACAGUCUGUUUAAUGGGACACGAGAGAAGGCAGACUUUGAACAUGAUCACCCUUCUGGCUCUGAGAGUACUAGGUGAACAGAAUAUCAUUCCAAAUGCUGCCAAUGUCACCUGCUACUAUCAACCUGCUCCUUAUGUCAGUGAUCGCAGCUUUAGCAAUUACUACAUAUCACAUGGACAAACACAUCUUGUGUAUCAACCCUAUCCACUACACAUCAAUAUGCAGACUGGUCUGGUUUAGUAUUAUGCUGAAUGCAAAUGCCUGACUUUAAACAAGACCCGAGCUUUCAGGUCCCUUGAGAUCUGAUGAAAAAGGCAGGUUGUAACCCAUUGACCGUGCUGCUGGUUGCCAGUAAAGUUAACUAUUCAGAUAUAUGCCAAUUGUUGGGUAACCCAUGUUUAAGCUGAUCUGCAAAUAGAUGACCAAACUGUAGAUGUGACACAUAAACAAUAUGUGCUUAAUCAGUGAAGAAUAAUCUCACAACUGAAUAAGCACAGACACAUCUACCCAGAGUGCAAUGUAAGGAUAUUUUCUAAAGAUAAAUGUUGAACCAAUGCAGAUGUAGAAAGAUAUAAUAGGUGAAGUUAGAUAAUCUGAAUCAGAGUCAUGCAUACCCCUGCUUUGGCGAUUGUAGUUAGGUCUAAAAUCACCUUUCUUAAUGAAAGCAUAGAUGGUAAAGUUAAUCUGUUACCAGAAAUACAGAUUGCAUAGAAAAUACUUUGUACUUGAAUAACAGUUAAUUGUAACUGAAAGUGCGCAUCAGAAAACAUUUCUUAAGCAUGAAAUGAUCUUGUGACAUAGAAAACCUUUAUUAACCAAAGAUUGUUUGUAAAUAUUGCAUCACACAAGUGCCUAAGCUAUGUAGAUAGGCCAUUAAAGCUAUAUGCUUUGUAAUAAUUAUUUCAGGAUGUGCCAUUUAGUUAUCAUUUGGAUUGGGAUUGGAGAUAUUACAUUCAGUUAAGUAAGAGCCCAUAUAACAUCCUAAAAUUCUUACGAUACAGUUGGAGUCCAUUCAGCCCAUCAUACUGUGUCAGCAACUAGGAGCACAAAAUAAUUAAAACCAAUGACUUUAUAAUUUGAAGACCGGAGUGUCUUGUAUGUUUCAUAGAUGUAGAGUCUUUGACAUUCCUGCUCUACCCUUCAGAACCCACUUGCCAACAUUAGGUAGCUGAAUUUGGUCAACCAACUGCAAAAUAAAUUACUAAUUGAAAAUUUCCCAAAAAGUGACACAUACACCACCACUCUGUUACACCCUACAACACCCAGUGUGAGUAAAACUGAAUGCAAGAAAAAACAUGUGAAGAGCCAUUCACUUACAUUUACACGGAAAUUCGAAGUAUAAAAAUAUAGAUCCCACUAAAUACAAGCAGCAUUUCUCCUUAAUAUCGCAGUGUGAUCAUCAACAGGCAUUCUAGUAGGCAACUGAUGUUAUGAAAUGGUAUAAUUUUUAUUCUGCCAAAGUUAGGAAUAAGCGAUGACAAUAAUGUUAAACUUCAUUCAUUACCAAAUUGCUUUUUCAUUUGCCUUUGUUUCUUUGUCAACUGAAAACUAUAGGGCUGGAUUUUCCAAUGGGUACAGGACUCAACACUAGGCCCAUUGUGGUUCCUGAGCCGGCGAAGGUCAUCAGCAUACCCGCUGGUGCAGCCUUCCAGGAGCUGGCCACAUAUUUGUCCACCUCCAUACUCAGGCUGCUAAUGCUGCAGGCUCAGUCAGAGGCCCUGCAGUGAUAUCAAGCUGACAGACCCAUUGAUAGAGGUGGUUACCGCUGAGGCAGGCAGGUGUGCAUGAGGGCACCUCAACAUGGAGGUGUCCUCAGUUGCCUGAAUAGAAGUAAUAAAUUAAAGAGCCCGAGGUUUGUACAGCUAUGGGAUGGAGAAGAAACCUUUCCAUUUGAUUAUCCAUAGAUAGGGUAUAUGGCCUUUCUCCCCACAACCCUAUGAUUGGGGCUUGGAACCACUGUUGGAUCCUGCCAUGCUGCCAGGAGGCCACCUUGAUUGAGGUAGCAGUCUUCGCAUAUGGCAGAGGCGAGAGAGUGGUGGUCACUACCAGUGCUGCCUCAAAAUGGCCCCUAAAUAGGGUCUUAAUUCGAUUAAUGAAUUGGACCCAGUCCCCUGGCAACCUCUGGGAAAGCCCCUUGGAGGCUGCAAUGCUUCAUGGCUCCCCAUUAUUUUCAUGGCCACUCACUGCCAAUGCUGUAUCCACAGAGCUGGGAAAAUCCACCUCUAUAUUUCCAUUUUAAGUGAAUAUAUCAUUAAAACUUCUUAUUCAAUAAUGUGUCAAAAUGGUCUCACUCAGUCCACAUUCUCUCGAGCAAAAUUCAUUGCUGACUAGAUUGUUUUGUUCCUUUAGAAGGAGUAUUUCAGUGGGGGUAACAAACUAGAAUGGUCUAUUAAUGAUUGAGAAACAUCAAUCAAUGGCACAUUGAAGAGUGUUUAUUUCCUGUUUGAGUGCCACAUUAACCACAAAAUUUAAGAGUUCAAUUUGUGAGCAAAACUGUAGCUGAGAUUCUAUUAAUUGCCAUAGCAAUGUGCUAUCUAAAAAGCAAGUAAAAAUAUGGAAAACAUACAUUAAUAGAGAAGACAAUUGAGUUGACAAAAUGAACUAGUUUUACUUGGAUUCGAAUUAAACGUGGAAUCAUUCAACACAGAAGCAAGCCAUUGGGCCCAUUCAUGCAUGUGCCAGCUCUUUGAAAAAAAGUAACUGAUUAGUCCCAUGCCCUUGCUCUUUCUCCAUUGCCCCAUACUUUUUUCAAGAGUACCUUUGGACCUUAGAUCUGGAAUUCAAAUAAUUUGUAGAACAAAGUGUUUCUGCACACUAACAUUCCUGUCGAUUGGACUAAUGAUCUUUGUCCAUGGUUGCAUUCCUGUGUAGUUUACAACCUGGAAACUCUUCAGUCUUCAUUUCUUCAGACUUCAUUUCUUAUCAUUCCUUCGGGAGACAAUGCAGAAAUGGUGGAUUUUUUAAUGUUUCAAAAUUAGAUAACUUUGUUCUUGACAAAGGAGGACUGUUCAUUUUUUAAGAUGCAUGUAUGCUAUUCCAUCUAACUCAACUGAAACACCUAAUAUUAGGGAAAAUGAUUUUUCAACUAGUACAACAGUCCCUCAUUGUGAUACUGUCUCUGGAAGUCAUGCAAAAAAAUAGUGUCCUAAGGGAGUCUUCUGUAGGAUAGCCAUCUUAUGAGAGCAAGGCACUUUCUGUGAGGAAUCACAAUUUAUUAGAGCCACUUACAAAAGAAAUAAAAGGCAAUGUUCUAGCAACUGUAAAAUUAAACCACUAUCUGCCAAAUUCCAAAUGCUGCAUCUGAGAUUGGAUAAAAUACAAAGAAAUUUGUUGAAUGAUGACAAUACUUCUGGAAAUUUCAGUUCCUGCUUUUAAACUAUAGACUUGAGAAAUUGAGAAGUGCAUUGUCACCGUGUGUUACAAAUGAACGCUGUUUUUGUGACAGAAAUAUCCAGUAAAAGGAAAGGGCUGUCUGAUACCUGAUAGUGAGGUGGCUAAGUGUACUGACAGCAAAAUAAAAGAGGUGAUAUUCCUUUUGUUGUAUCUAUAUGGCAUGGGAGCAAGGAAAUUCCUGAGGACCUGAACUUUGUUUAGCCUCAUCCAAGGCUAGAAAGCCUGACUUUAGGGACGGAGUCAUAUAUACAACAGGGUGUACCUCCGGCACAUCAAUGCUGGCUAUUUCAACCCAAGCAAGCUCCACCAAUCUAAGAUGGAGCAGAGUCCCAGUGAGGCCCUAUUGGACCAAAGGAAAACACAUUUUUCAUUCUUUGGCACUCACUGAAGCCAUUCUAAUUAAAGAAAGUAACUAAUCCCUUCCAAGUUUGGUCACCUUGGGCUAGCGAAGGUCUCAAAGAUACCAUGUCUCAACUGGUGCAGGCUCUACUAAAAAUUUUUUUAGGGCUAAAGGGCAGAAUAUACUGGGAAUUCCCAAGAACUCCUUAAUUGCACACUUCCUUGAUGUAGGAAGAUCCGAGCUUAGUUGCUUUCAACUGAAAUUUAAAAUAUGAACCAAGUAGGAUGGAAUCCCAACAGGCCUGGCUUCCAGCCUAUAGUCCAGGCUCUGCCCAGUCGGAAAAGGUCAUUAUGAGGAAUUCAAGGCCGUAGAUUUUAGAAACCUUUAAAACCACUUUGUCGGGUACUAUUUCAUUGGCAAAGUGGUGUUUUUUUUUAAGCAAAUAGGCUUCGUUUUCUCAAAAAAUGUAUAGAAAACAUAGAGACCUUUUGUUUUGACAAGUUGUCCACAAACUAAGGCAUGCUAAAUUCAAUAAACCUGAAACCAGUGUCAAAAAAUAGAAAAGAAUGGCUUUAAUACACAAUCCAGGCAUCAUCAAAGGCAUCCAAUUGUAAUGCUUUUUUUAAACUAAGUACCUUUAUCAAAUGUCCUGGCACAUAAUUUUCUGUUUUCUCAGGACCAUGGGGGGUAUUUACAACUAAUUGCAGCUCAAGGAUUAAACUAAAAAAUAACAUUCAGGUCCAUUCUUAUCUCAUUUUCAAAAUUGAAAACCCAUAAGACAGGAAUAGCUCAAAACAAAUGAACUGUAUUAUUGUCGCAAGAUAUUCCAGUGUAAUGGUAUCAGCCUUUAUUUAGUACCAGCACUCUUGCUUCUGAGCCAGAAAGUCAUGGAUUCAAGUCCUUCUCCAGAAAUUUGAACACGUUAUCUAGGCCACCAAUUCAGUUCUGAGGGAGCACCACACUGUUAGAGGUGCUAUAUUUCAGACGAAACAUUAAACCCUAGGCCUUGUUGCCCUAGGAUGAUUAUAAAAGAUCCCAGGACACUGCUUGAUGACAAACAGGGAGAUGGUCCCCAGCUUCCUGGCCAAUCUUUAUCCCUAGACCAACAUCACUAAAACAGGUUAUUUGGUCAUUAUCUCAAUGCUGUUUGUAGGAAUUUGCCCUGCACAAAUUAUCUGCCCUUUUCCUUCAUCACUGAAGUGACUACACUACACUUCAAAGUGCUUUGGGAUGUCCUGAAAAGCUCUGAGAAAUGCAAGUUGUUUCUUUCAAUGCAAACAGAAGAUUGAAUGCACUAUGCUGAGAGAUACAGCUCUAAAACUAUAUUUUCUACAGAUUAUUUUUCGUGUAUUUAAGCAUAUGGACCUAGAAAUUACACUCAUAUAAAUAUUAGCAUAUGGGAUAAUCCAUCAUUUGAAAUAGUGGGCAAAAAGAAUUUCAUUCAAACAUUUCAGACACUCAUACACUAAUAUUCACAAAGUGUAAUUUCAAAGGCUUGUUGUUCUUGAUGUUCCAAUAUUGUAAAAAUUACAAAAUACAUAUGUACAUAGUCAAAUACAAAUAUAAAAUUCUAUAUUUUAUCUAAAGUAGUUUUAAGAGACUACACUUAACGCUAGUUCUCCAUGAGUGUGUAAACAAAACUGAGCAGCAUAAUUUCUAUCUGGUCAAGAUCUCUUCCUUUUUAAAAAUCCUGAAGCUGUUGUACAGAUGUUGUAUUCCUCAUUUUGUUGUGAUCUGAUUAGAAUUUCAAAAUCCGUGUGUAUACCUUGAUUUGUGUUUGAUGACUUGAAACCCAUUGAUUACUGUAAAUUUCAGUGUAAUGGAAACUGCAUUGCAUAAGAGAAUGGUUUUGCAAACUGUGAAUUGAAUACAAUUAUAUCACCAGCUGAAAACUGUGCCAAUAUUUUUCUACUUAUAUAAUAGAGUAUUUUAAAAUUGUCCAGUGCAUUACCCCUGGUAAUUUUAUAUAUUCCUAACAUGCAGUUACCAGCAUAUUGAGAUACAGAGUAAGAGGCAAAGAACUGUUUUAGGGAGAGCUUACUGGAGGGAGGAAUAAAUAACCCAAGUUUAUGCAGUUCUUUUCCAUUCACCUGUAAAAAUGUGUCAGAGUUGUAAGAACUCGUCACACCUGUACAAUCCUUGAGUAUCAGUUGAAAUAUUCAGUGUGCUCGUCACUUGUAGAGUCCUUUCAACAUCUGUUCUUUGGUUAAAUGCAACUGUGGUACAAGGGAUUCAUGUUUAAAGCAGGCCUAUUGAGAAGCUUUGAAACAAAAGCAAACAAACAAGAAGAUCCACAUAAAGCUUCUGUGUACCUUGGAGAUAAUUAAAUCUGGACUUUCAUUAAUGAAAAGAUAACUUCAAAAACAUAUGAUGUGAAAUGUGAAUGGAAGAUCGUACUGUGCUGGUUGUUGCUAUUGCCUUCUGCGUUUUUAUUGUUUCAUGUCUGCACUCACUGUAGAAAUCCGUUUUGUUCUGUUUUUGGUGAUUGUGUACUUGUUUACAGUGUUCAAUAAAGAGUGGACAUUUUAAACGAGGUUUCAAAUAAAUAUUUGCAAUCAGUCUGA